AUGUCUGCUUCCUAUCACACCGCGCUACAUUCGACAGGAAUUAUAGGGCCGAGUUUCGGGGACGCCGGCUUCCUAUCAGGCGAGCAGCAUGGAGAACACCAUCCUUCGCUCAGUACAAAGCUCAGAUGCACCGCCGCUGCUUUAGAGAAUCUUGCGCCUGAGAUCGACGCUGUUGUUACAGGCCUUUCAGGGACUCAGGAAGUCGUGCCAGUCCUCAUUCAAGACCUCCAAAAUGCGCGAAGCGACAUCGCUUAUCUGACCAAAUUGGUUCAAAAGCAACGCUGCAUAAUAGAGGGCAGGGACCAGGAAAUCAGAGGUUUGUCGCAGAAACUUUCUAGCUCACAAACUCUGGUUGCUGAUCAGACAAACGUCAACCCUGCGGCUUCGCCAAGUACGACAACUAGCCGCACUUCUUCAAAGGAAGAUUAUAAAGCGGCAGGGCUGUAA